GUGCCGUGAUGUUGAUCCUAUAAAAAGUUCAUUUUUACACCCAAAAGCAACUUAAAAUGUCCAAAUUCGAACAUCUGGUUGUGGAUACGUCCGCAUUCAUUAAAAAUGUUCAACUGCAGGAUUUCGCUGACAAGUGCUACACCGUGCAGGGAGUGCUGGACGAAAUCAAAAACGAUCGACAGCUCAAAAGGUUAGUGGUACUGCCGUACCAGCUGACCGUCCGGGAGCCCGACUCGGAACUGCUGACGGUGGUAACGAAUGUGGCCAAAAAGACAGGCGACUUUGCUACACUGUCGCUGGUCGAUUUGAAGGUAGUAGCCCUUACGUACCAGCUGGAGAAGGAAUACGUAGGAACCGACCAUCUCCGGCAGGAGCCAACGUCAGCAGUUACGGUUGCAUCCGUUCGGAAACCGGCUGAGCUUAGCGGAACCGGAAAGGUUCAAGGGUUUUACGAUGGUGGCAAAAAGGACGACGGAAAGCAGCAGGAAGAUUCCGUCGAUGAUGUUACAAAAGUUGAAGUUACCGUUGAAGAGCAACAGUUGGCGGAAAAAUUCGCGGAGCUGAGCUCCGCAGAAGUGACCAACUUAGAAGAUGGUAUUCUUAAUCAGCUGAGUUUGGAACAAACUCAGCUUUCAACAGAAAAUGAUACGUCGAAGGAGGAGGAGUCUUCUGAAGAGGAAGAAUAUGAUGAGGAUGAGGAUGAUACAAAUGUAGAAGACCAAGAUGAUGAUGAUGAUGAAGGUUGGAUAACUCCGUCCAAUAUCAAAGACGUAAAGCGUGACUUUGGCACGGAUUUUCUGGAAGAAAAUCCAUCGCCAGUCGCUUGUAUGACAACCGAUUUUGCGAUGCAAAAUAUUCUGAAGCAGAUCGGUUUGCACGUUGCUGCUCUGGACGGAAGGGUCAUCAAACACACCAGAACGUACAUCCUUCGGUGUUACGCUUGUUUCAAAACGACAUCCGACUCGACAAAGGUGUUCUGUCCGAAGUGUGGCAAUCGAACGCUGAAGAAGGUCGCAGUUAGUUUGGACGAAAAUGGCAAGCAGAUUAUCCACAUUAACGCACGAAGACCACUGACGGCACGGCACAAGAACCGGCCAGUGGCCGGUUUCCAGGGUGGGAAGCACUCGGCCAAUCCGUUGCUGUUCGAGGAUCAACCACUGCCGCAGCAGAGAAUUUCCUCCAAAGCCCGAGCGAAGACGAAUGCACUGGGCGAUGACUAUACGGCCGGUUACUCACCGUUCGUGAUGCGCGAUGUCGAUUCCCGUUCCGCGGUGCUUCGUGGAAAGUCGAACCUGAAGCAGUGGAUGCAAAACUAUGAGUACGAUAACCACAGAAGGGGUUAUAAAAAGUGAACUCAUCACGGUUAGAUUACUAAAGAGGGUGGAAAAUAUAUAUGCGUUU